AUGCCCUGGAAGUGCUUUGAUAUACCGGAAGAAGAAGGUGAAAGAAAGCGGACCCGUCCACAGCCAACGGACGGGUGCAAAGUCAAGCACCACAGGAACGCCUCAGAGGUAGGGUCCCCGAGAAAACGCAAAUGACUCUGGGAGUCCAGUGAUGUGGCCCCCUCCAGCUGGCCACCUCAUAGCUCUGCCUCACAUUCAGGAGAGGCUAGCAGCCCUGAGUGUCUGAAAGCCCAGAGGAGGACCUUGUGGCCUUCAAGCCGAGGUUUUUCCAGGGGCUCAGCCUGCCAGGGAAAUUCCUCCUAUUCCUCAGGCCCAGAUGUGGGUGGAGCGGCCUCCAAAGACUGCCUAAUUCGGAGCGCUUUGGGUUCCUUUUGCCUGGAACCCCCUCAGUGCCCCCCCCACCCACCCCUUACGUGCUACGCGCUACGAGAAAUGGCUUCUCGAGACGAUGCCUACAGCUUUAAAGCUAAUUCCAAAUACAGUUCCUAUAAGUCUAUGAACUCUGAAUUUGCUGCCAAAGCUGAGAGUCAAAAUGGUAACAGUGAGCAGCCACACAAGUCUUGGAGAAGGUGCGGUAGACGGCACCACCAAGGCUCUUCGCUGACCUAUGGGUUAGCUAUCCAGAGCACCUUGGUAAAACCAAUGCCAAAAGAAAAGGGAGAGGCUGCCACUGGAACCAAACCGAGCACUAGCGAGCAUCCCAAUCCUGAUGCAAGACCAGCUAGUGCUGUCACCUCUGUUCCUCAGAAAAAGCACAUGUCAGGGCCAGAGGUCAAGGAAAAGAUGGUGAUAAAUGUCAGCAACUUGCAUGACAGAAAAGUAUUUAUAUAUCCUCAGGAGCAAUCCAGUGAGAAGCCACGUGGUGACUCAAGAGUAGUCAUUUUUGAAAAAAGCUCUACAGCCUUAAAAUUGCUGGGCAAAUGUGACUCUCAUUCAGAAAUCCAAAAGCAUACUGAAAGGGGUGUAAUGAUUAAGCACCCCUCUUCAGAAAGGGCCUGCUCUAAUGUGAAGGACAUUUCUAUAGUCAGAUUCUCUCAGGAGGGGCGAGGCUCACUGAGUCUCUCAAGAAUUUCAAAGUCUUCCUCCUUCACCACUAACCGUGCCAUGUACCAGCCUCCUUUGUACAGUAGCCCUUUACUUAACUAUGCCAGCUACUGGACCAGCAGUCCAAAGCCUUCUCACUAUCCCUCCAUGGGCAGCAAGAGCAAUAAUACAUCCCAGGCUGGGAACAGCAGCUGGGGCGUCUUAAGAAAUUAUUCCUCCAGCCCUGCAGUGUGCUCCCAAAACUGGUCCAGAGACCUGAAGGCAGCAGGGCAAAGUUAUCCCCAGAAUUCUUAUUCAUUUCCUUUCUCCAGAAGUUCAGAAGCCAUGGUGAGGGAGAAAAGAACUUUCCAAGAUCAGACACUAGCACGUUCUCGGGGAAGGUAUGCAUCUAGUUCCCUGUCAAGGAGCCACUGGGAGCAGAGCCUAAAGGAGGGUUUCAUUGAUACCCAUUGUCACUUGGAUAUGCUGUAUUCCAAGUUGUCUUUCAAAGGGACCUUUGCCAAGUUCCGACAAAUAUAUAGCUAUUCCUUCCCUAAGGCAUUUCAGGGCUGCAUCUCUAACUUCUGUGAUCCUCGCACAAUGAAGGAUGGCCUAUGGGAGAUGCUGUUGAGUGAGGAUCUGGUUUGGGGAGCCUUUGGCUGUCACCCCCAUUUUGCACGUUACUACAAUGACUAUCAAGAAAGAAAUAUUUUGCAAGGCUUACGGCACCCCAAGGCUGUAGCUUUUGGAGAAAUGGGCUUGGAUUACUCUUAUAAGUGCACUACACCUAUCCCGCAGCAGCACAAGGUAUUCGAGAGACAGCUGCAGCUGGCUGUGUCCCUAAAGAAGCCCUUGGUGAUCCACUGCCGAGAUGCUGACCACGAUCUGCUGACCAUCAUGAAAAAGUGUGUGCCUCCUGACUACAAGAUCCAUAGGCAUUGCUUCACUAGCAGUUACCCAGUCAUUGAGCCCCUCUUGGAGUACUUUCCCAAUAUGUCUGUGGGCUUCACGGCAGUCCUGACUUACCCUUCUGCCUGGCAGGCCCGGGAUGCUCUGAAAAAGAUCCCACUGGAGAGAGUUAUUGUGGAAACUGAUGCACCCUACUUCCUUCCUCGUGGGGUUCCCAAAGGCUUUUGCCAGUACUCUAAUCCAGGCAUGGCCCUGCAUACAAUUCAAGAGAUGGCCAAAAUCAAAGAACAGCCACUCUACCGUACCUUAGCCACCUUGCGUGAGAAUGCUGUUCGCCUCUACAAUCUUUAA